GGCCGGAAGGAAAAUGAGCGAGUCUUUGGUAGUUUGUGAUGUUGCUGAAGAUUUAGUGGAAAAGCUGAGAAAGUUUCGUUUUCGCAAAGAGACGAACAAUGCUGCCAUUAUAAUGAAAAUUGUUAAGGAUAAACGCCUGGUGGUUCUGGAUGAAGAGUUUGAGGGCAUUUCACCAGAUGAACUUAAAGAUGAACUACCUGAACGACAACCUCGCUUCAUUGUGUAUAGUUAUAAGUAUCAACAUGAUGAUGGAAGAGUUUCAUACCCUCUGUGCUUUAUUUUCUCCAGUCCUGUUGGUUGUAAGCCUGAACAGCAGAUGAUGUAUGCUGGGAGUAAGAAUAAGCUAGUCCAAACAGCUGAACUCACCAAGGUAUUUGAAAUAAGAAAUACCGAAGACCUAACUGAAGAAUGGUUACGUGAGAAACUUGGAUUUUUCCACUAAUGUGAACUUCUGUGUUUCUAAAGUAUUUAUGUAUUAACCUGACCAUACUGGAACCAGACAUAAAUACUUAUUUAUGCCUAAAAAUGCACUGUUAUUUACAGUUUGUUACCUGCAGUAAAGAAAAAUUCUUCAUUUGUUCAAAGUUUGAACAAAGGGGAAAUCAUCUUCAUAGUAAUGAAACUUUGUAAAGUGUUUCCUUAUAUUUGUAAUUGUUAGGUGGACUACUUCUCUCCAGGGACUUUUUGCACUCUUGUGACUAAUUUCUACAACUUAUGGUUCAGAAUUUGUUACUAUUUACAGACACCAUUGGAAAGUGGGUAUUAGACUGU